UGGAAUGCGAAAAUAUUAAGCGGGUAAAGGGAAAUAACUGUAUAAAGAAAAUUAUCUUCCGGGUCACCUGUCCAUCAAGGUUCAUGGUUCAUGUAUAAACAAAAAGAUACAAUGCAGCUUCAGAGAAUAUAGAUGGAAAUUAUGCAAACAGGAAACGAAAAACCAUGAGUAGUGCUAUGACAUUUAACAUCAGUACUAGCUGGGAUGGUCAGCCAAUAGACCAUGACCCAGUCAUAAUAUCAUUAGAUCGAGACAGAUGUAACAAUGUGAUAAUGUCUGUUGAUGCUCCUUUCUUUAAUGAUCCAGCCAACCCUGGUGGUACUCCUGGUCAACCAUUUCCUGGACUAUGGGAUUAUGAAGUUGCAGAGGCAUUUUUUCUUAAUGAUCAGAAUGAUUACUUGGAAGUUGAACUGAGUCCGCAUGGACAACAUCUCCUUCUGUUGCUGCAUGGCGUUAGGAAUAGUUUUAAACAACAACUUCCACUGACUUACAAACCUACCAUUAAAAAUGAUAGAUGGACUGGGGAAGCCACCAUACCCAGCAGUUAUUUCCCUCCAAAAGUGACUAAAUUCAAUGCUUAUGCAAUCCAUGGAUCAGGGACCAAUAGAACAUAUGAAUCACUGUAUCCUGUACCAACAGGGAAAUAUAAAGAUCCUGACUUCCACAAAUUGGACUAUUUUCAACCAAUCAACUUUAAAGGACUGCUACCUGUUAACUGGAGCCCACAGUAUACCUCAAAUGAAUGGAAGGAGUACUACCCAAAUAUGACAUAUAAAAUCAGUACUAUCUGGGAUGGUCAGUCAAUAGACCAUGACCCAGUCAUAAUCUCAUUAGAAAAAGAUGGACACAAUAAUGUGAUAAUGUCUGUUGAUGCUCCUUUCUUUAAUGAUCCAGCCAAUCCUGGCGGUACUCCUGGUCAACCAUUUUCUGGACUUUGGGAUUAUGAAGUUGCAGAAGCAUUUUUUCUUAAUGAUCAGAAUGAUUACUUGGAAGUUGAACUGAGUCCGCAUGGACAACAUCUGCUAUUGUUGCUGCAUGGAGUUAGAAAAAGUUUUAAACAACAACUCCCACUGACAUACACAGCUACCAUUAAAAAUGAUAGAUGGACUGGGAAAGCUACUAUACCAGGCAGUUAUUUCCCUCCAAAAGUCACUAAAUUUAAUGCUUAUGCAAUCCAUGGAUCAGGGACCAAUAGAACAUACGAAUCGCUGUAUCCUGUUCCAGCAGGAAAAUAUACAGAUCCUGACUUCCACAAAUUGGAUUAUUUUCAACCAAUCAACUUUAUAGGACUGCUACCUGGUAACUGGAGCCCACAGUAUACCUCAGAGGAAUGGAAGCCGUACUACCCAAUUGUUGGAUAAAUCGUGCAAUAUAAACAUUUACAUGUUUUUAUGCAUAUUGGUGUCUUUUUCCUGUAUAUUAGGAAACAUUUGCAAUUUCUGUUUUUUCCCCAAAUUGGAUUUUCAAUAUUUUUUCAUAAAUGUCUUUUAUCAAAUCAUUUUGAUGUAAUUUUUGACAAAGUAUUCCUAGAAGCCCUGUCAAUCUACAAAUUAAGAAUGAUUUAACUGCCUCAAAUAUUUCCAGGGACUGGGAUACUCUAAAUAAUUUCUUAUUGUUAUCAAAUUUUAUGUUGAUUUUCAGCAUAUUUUUUGCUGUUGAUUUUAUUUGUUAUUCAUAUUAUUAUGAAAUAGAAUAAACUAUUAUUUAAAAACA